CUUCCUCGUUAGCUGCUAGCCUGCUUGUUCUUAUUGCCGAUGGUGCUGGGAGGUUUUUUUUUCUAGUAACGUUCCCUCAAAUUACCUUAUCUGAAGCGUCAUCAGGUUCCUCCUCCUGCUCUCCUCCCCCCUCCAGUCCCCUCCAUCUUCGCAGGCGCAUCUGCUGUCCGCUCCCUGCAGCAUCGCCAAGCAGUCCGCCGCCCACCUGGGACCUCCCGCACGACUGUCGCGGCCUCGACCAUCAACCCGCCUCGAAAUGAACAUUGCACUGUGACCACCACCCAGGCCUCACCCGCCACUCUAAUGCAAAGCAACGGCAAGCCGUGCCACAACUGUCGGCGAAGACGUCUUCGCUGCGACCGUUCUUGGCCAACCUGCCACAAGUGCGCUGCGUCCGGUCAGGAGUGUCUUGGCUAUGGGAAGAUCUUCACCUGGACCCAGGGGAUCGAUGGGAAUGGUGUGAUACAGUCUUCACAGGCUGAUCGCCGCGCAAACGCUUCCGCGACUUCGUCCACAUCCACCACACCAAACCCUCCGCAUGGCUUCGUAGCAUUUCAACCGCCAACACUCGCGCCCGUACAGCAGUCACCGAAACACAAUGGACAGUCUCCGGUGCAGACGCAGAUUCAGAAGUUUCUGCCGUCAAGGCCGUUGCCGGUGGACAGAACGCCACCUUUGACGCCCAAGCCAACGCCUACUAGUAGACCGAUGACUGGCACUUCCAUGGCUUUGACGGAUCCCCUAUUUCAGGAUCUGGACAGGGACUCUAGAUAUUAUCUGUCUCACUUCGCCGAUCGUGUAUGCCAGGACCUCGUGGCCCGCGACCAGCCGAACAACAACCCUUUUCGCGAGCUCCUGCCCCUGACGAAGCAACAUCCAGUCCUGCUUCAAAUCCUCAUCGCGACGUCUGCGCUCCACUGGUCCAACAUCUUCCGACCUGUCACGGACAUCCCGAGUGAGCUGACCGACCCUGGUGGCUACCUCGCACAGCUGCGCUCGACAGACCUCGUGUCUCGCAAGGCGCUCAUCGAUGCGCUCACGGCCAAGCAGCGGGCCAUGGGCCAUCUACGUGAGGUCCUCGACACCCUGGACCCCGCUGGGAACGAGGUGGUCCUGGCUUCCUUGCAUUUCUUCAUCAAGUUUGAUCUGAUGGAUCUGGAAGAGUCUGGGAACGGCGGGUGGCGUACGCAUCUGGAAGGCGCCUCUAGCAUCAUGGCGCUGCUUUCCAAGGAUCCCAUGUCGGCCUCGUCCAGCCGGAUGCUGCGCGACACUGUGAUUGCCGAUUGCUUCAUCUACCACAUCCUCGGCUCCACGAUUUCGGGCGGCAGCUUGGCGACCCGCAUCGCUCGGUACGCUCUCGAGAUCUUGCCCAUUAUGAAACGGGUCGAGGUCAUCACCUACCUGUCCUGUCCGCCCGAGAUUCUGCAGAUCAUCCUGCAGGCAUCUCAGUUAUCGUACAACGAGAGCGUGCCUGCGACAACAGACUGGAAUCUGCCGGCAGCUGGCGAGGCAUUCUCCCUCAUCGACCAGCUCCUCGAGUUCGACAUCAAUGCCUGGGCAGCGGCCCUCGAGGCAUUGCCCAACGUGGCUGACAUUGAGAGCCGCGUGCACAUCGCCAGUGCCCACCGCUCGGCAGCGUGUCUCUACAUCAUACAGGCCCUGCCUUUUAUCCGAUCGGUCCGAUCGGUCGAUGCCAACUUUUUGGUGGAAGAUAUCUUGUCACAUCUGGCCGAGAUGCCCGAGGAUGAUCCGUAUUUCAAGGCAACCAGCUGGCCACUCUUGUUUGCAGGCGCGGAGACGAGAGAUCCAGAGAAGAGGACUUGGAUUUUGAAGAGGCUCAUGUCCAUCUGGUCACGGUUUCGAUGGGGCUACAUUUUCACCGCGAUUGAGAUGCUCAAAGCGACGUGGCAUCUGCAGGACGCAUCGCCUCAGUCCGAGAAUGUGAACUGGCUGAGGGAUCUCAAGGGGCUGGGUUUCAACAUGCUCGUUGUGUAGGGUGUUCACCUUUGCAUUUGAUAUGUUUCGCUUUAUUUGUUCUACUUAUUUAGCGUGCGCGGGUAUUGGUUUUGCAUAGCGAUCAAAAGGUUCUGUCUUGGUACUCAGCUUGGUGUUUGGGGGAGGGGUCAGAACAAGUUUCAAGAGAAGAGUUUGAAUACUGUACUUAAUGUCAGAAGAAUGAUAGAG